AUGGACGUCCACCUGCAGGUGCGUGGCCUCCGUCGCGUCAUCGACAGCCGGGUCAUCCUCGCGGACAUCACCUUCGACCUCGCCCCCGGCGACAUUCUCUUCCUGCGCGGCCCCAGCGGCGUGGGCAAGUCGCUGCUCCUGCGGGCGGUGGCCGCUCUGGACCCCAUACAGGGUGGCUCCGUAAGGUGCAACAACCAAACGCCCUCCGAAUUUGGUGUUCCAGAUUGGAGGUCUCAAAUCACGUACGUCAGUCAGUCGCGAGUGAACCUGACAGGCACCCCUGCAGAGCUGUAUUUCUCUGCUCAGAAGUUUGCUGCCCAGAGAGGCCGGCAGCGAGGCGACCUGCCAGACAUAUUGUUCCAGCUGGGCUUGGAGCAGCUUCUCCUCAACAGGAAGUGGGGCGAGCUGUCGGGUGGCCAGGCCCAGAGGGUCUCUAUUGCUAUAGCAACAGCGUUGAAGCCAGCAAUUCUCCUCUUGGACGAGCCCACAAGUGCCUGCGACCUGGAAUCAACCCGGAGGGUUGAGGAAGUGGUUCGUGAAUGUGGUUCAGCUGUGAUCUGGGCGACGCACGACCAGGAGCAGCCUCGGCGUGUUGGUGGCAAGAUCCUGGACCUCCCUUUUGGAACAAUCUCCACGGUGCAGGUGGAGGACCAGACCAACCCAUCGGAGGCGGAACCCAGCACACCACCACCUAUCUCCACACACCACUCGUCUUCUCCUGGGGCAGUGCACGAUAGUGGCAGCCAGAAGCUUCUCUGA